AUGCGACGUGCUAUAACGCUAACAGAUUUGCUGGGUGGCCAGUAUGAAGUGCUGGGUGGCCAGUUUGGAGUGGUGGGUGGCCAGUUUGGAGUGGUGGGUGGCCAGUUUGGAGUGGUGGGUGGCCAGUUUGGAGUGGUGGGGGGCCAGUUUGGAGUGGUGGGUGGCCAGUUUGGAGUGGUGGGGGGCCAGUUUGGAGUGGUGGGGGGCCAGUUUGGAGUGGUGGGUGGCCAGUUUGGAGUGAUGGGUGGCCAGUUUGGAGUGCUGGGUGGCCAGUUUGGAGUGCUGGGUGGCCAGUAUGGAGUGCUGGGUGGCCAGUAUGGAGUGCUGGGUGGCCAGUUUGGAGUGGUGGGGGGCCAGUUUGGAGUGGUGGGUGGCCAGUUUGGAGUGGUGGGUGGCCAGUUUGGAGUGCUGGGUGGCCAGUUUGGAGUGCUGGGUGGCCAGUAUGGAGUGGUGGGUGGCCAGUUUGGAGUGCUGGGUGGCCAGUAUGGAGUGCUGGGUGGCCAGUAUGGAGUGCUGGGUGGCCAGUAUGCAAUAUUAGAUGAACAAUUAUCGGUACGAUAG